AUGAAUAUGGCACGCAAACUUGAUGUGAUUAUCUUCGGAGCAAGCGGAUUUACUGGAAAGUAUGCCGUAUUGGAAAGCAUCAAACUGCUGGCCGACAUGCGAUGGGGCAUCGCAGGCAGAAGCCAGAACAAGCUGCAAAACGUGCUUAAGGAGAUUGGUGACAAGGCCAACACAGAUUUAUCCCACGUACCGAUUGUGCUGGCGGAUGUCGAUAAUCAGGAUUCGCUGAACAAGAUGGCACGUGACGCCCGGGUGAUCGUAAACUGUUGUGGUCCAUACCGGCUGUACGGUGAGCCGGUGCUGAAAGCUUGUCUCGCCGAGCGCACGCACCACGUCGACGUUAGCGGAGAACCGCAGUUCCUCGAGGGAAUGCAGCUGAAGUACCAUGACGCGGCGAAGGAGAAGGGCAUAUAUCUGAUCUCGGCGUGCGGCUUCGAUAGCAUCCCGGCAGAUAUGGGUACGGUGUUUUUGGAGCAACAGUUUGAUGGGGUGGUCAAUUCGGUGGAAAGCUACAUUGUUUCCAAGCAGAAGGGUCGUCGAGAACUCGGUGCAAUCCAUUAUGGCACCUGGGCGUCUGCGGUACAUGCCAUCGCGAACAUGGAUGAGGUGGGACAAAUCCGUAGGAAACUGUUCGAGAAAAAACUACCCGACGUGAAACCGAAGCUCAAGGAAAGACCCACGCUGCAUCGUUCUGCAAAUGGCAACAAGUGGUCGCUACCGUUCCAAGGAGCUGAUCGGUCAUGUGUCGCUCGGACACAACGAUUUUUCUUUGAGACGGAAAACAAGCGUCCGUUGCAAAUGAGGGCGUACAUUUCAUUUGGUGGAAUUGCUGAAGUGAUAGCUGUAUCUUUCGUAGGCGCUGUGUUUUGGUUAAUGGUUAAGACAAACUUUGGCAGGCGCAUGCUGCUUAACCAUCCCCGGUUAUUUUCUUUGGGAAUGGUGUCCCACGAAGGUCCAAGCGAUGAGGCAAUGAACAACACCGAGUUUGCUCUUUAUUUUGAAGGUAGAGGGUGGGAAGAGAAACUCGCUAGUCCUGAGGACAAGUACACGACUCCUCCGAAUAAGGUGAUUCGCACAAAGGUUGCUGGAACAAAUCCAGGCUAUGGAGCCACGUGUGUAGCCCUUGUGCUCAGUGCAAAAACCAUUCUCAAGGAGAGUGAUAAAAUGCCUCUAAGUGGCGGCUUUUUAACUCCCGGAGCAGCAUUUGCAAAAACGAGCCUGAUUGAUGAACUCUGCAAAAAUGGCUUCAAGUUUGAGGUUCUGUCACAGUCAAAACUGUAGCAGCGGAGUGGAUUUCCUCACGGCAUUUGUUAUAAAUAAUGGUGUAUUUAUGGUGUUUUACAAAAAAAAGUUUAUUGUUGUAUAUUUUAAAUGGGUUUUGGAUGGAAGUGUAGUUGAAACGGUUUUUACUGUCGAUUAGAAAUGGGAAUAAACUUAUUGUGUGCCCAUAUUUAAAUCGCCUCUUAGGCGUCAUGACUUAAUGGGUCAUAACCA